AUGAAAAUUCCCAUAAAUAUACUUGAACAACCAAAAGAAAUUGAACUACGAAUGCUGGAAUUCAUUCUAUAGAGCUCGAACUUUCUAGAUGAUUUGAUGAAACUUGUUACUGAUCAAAGUCAUCCAAUCCACAAAUUAUCAAAAGGAUCAUUAUGUUUAAUUAUUGAUAAGCUUGAUUAAUAUAUCCAAAUAGCUGUUGAACAAAUUUAAAAAAAUCCUAGUUUCAAAUGUCAUAUGUUGCUAUCCCUUAUUAAUUGUGUCUUGGAAUUAGAGUGUUAUCGAAAAUUGUUCAAUUCAUUAGAUCAUUUAUUUAAUAUGUUAGAAUAUUCAGAUAGUUUCCUAGUCUAUGAGCAAAUAAUGCUUAUCUUAAUAAAAAUCUAUAAAUAGCCUUCAAAUUUAAACAAUCCAUAAUAAAAAGAUGUCUGCAAUCAAUAACAAAUUGAAUAUCUUCCAAGGGCUAUCUAUUUUACGAGAAUCCUCCUUGAUCAUUAUAACAACUUGUCCUUCACCAAGAUAGAUUUAUUAGAUUAUUUUAAUCAAGAUGCUAAUUAUCAAACCCUUUCUGAAGCUCCAAUAGAAUUUCCAAAACUGGUAUUAGAGUAUAUGGAACCAACAUUGAUGAAUGAAUCAUAUCAAGAUUUGUGCAAGAACGGUAUACACAAGAAAGAAUUACAUCAACCGAUUUAAAUUAGAAAUUUUGAAAUAACUGAUGUCAAUUCCAUUACGGCCCUAGCAUUGUCCCAAACGCUUCUGAAUGCGCAAGAUUAAAGCUAUUGUCCUUUACUUGAUGCCAUGAAAUAUAGGAUCCUUAUCUGUAAAGGAUUUUAACAAAAUAAAAUUCCAACGAUCUCAAUCGUAGUAGUUUUGCACAUACAAUCCCUUCUAAUGUAUAUGUUGCUAACUUAAUUUUGCCAUAUCAAUAAUUGUGGAGAACUAUUAGAUCAGGUUUUCGAAGAAUAAUUAGAAUAUGAACAUCACUUUAAAAUAUACAUGAAAUUGUUUUAAUUGAAAACAAUCGACCCUCAAUUAUUGUCCACUUUACUAUUGACAUUAGAUGAAAUAAUAACAAUUGAAAGACAGAAUGAAAAUGAAGUCGCUUUUAAUAUAGCCAAAAAUUAUGAUGAAACAUUUCUAUAAUUUAUUUAUGAUGUUUUGUCCAUGCAUCCUCUUUAAAUUGAAACAGAAUAAAGUUAUCCUUUAUAAUAUUUUCCUACUCUUUUGAGUGAACAAUGUGCAAAACAUUAGAGAUUAGCAUCAAGUAUUUUUCAAAUAUUUUCAUCUGAACCAGGUGUACUCCUAUUAAGCAGAACUAAUAUUGCUCUUGGAUCUUCCUCUGCUCUAAUUAAAGCACUUUAUCUAUAGGAUAAUAAAAUGCUAUUACCUCCUGAAUCUUUUAAAGCCGCAAUCCUACUACUAAGCAGAUUAUCUAGAAAGGAUGACAUCUAAAGAGAUCUCAGAAUCUUUAAUGAUCUCAUCAAAAUUGUAGAAAAUUAGAUUAAAUGUAAUAUUGAUAUUUAAAAACCUACUUAAAAUGGAUAUUCCAAUAUCACUUUAGAAGAAGCAGAUUCAGUUAUUGCUGUCUGCAUUUAAUCGAUAAAUGAACAUUUUAGAGAUGAUCUUGGCAGAAGACUAAAUAGAGUUAAUGCUCCUUCUUUUGCUAGAUAAAUCUCAGAAUCAAUUAUCAUUAAAUAACUAUAAAAAUUAUUUGAAAAUUUUCCUCAAUUUAUAGGUUCAAUCUAAUAAACCUUAAUUCUAAUCUCCCAUUUAGCUAAUGAAGUUCCAACUUUAAUUGGUAGGUUAAUUGAUUCCAAUUUACCAUAAACACUAAAUGAGAUCAUAUAAAAAAUGAGUAUCGAUAAGAUCAACUAUAAGAUUAUGACAGCAAUAUUCUAAUUUUACUUUAACAUUUCAUUAAAAGAAGAAGGCUAUGAAAAAUUCAAUAAAUCUGGAAUGUGUUUCUUGGAAAAUAUAGUACACUAUUCAUUGAUUGAUAAUUUGAACAGUCCAAGAGAACAAUUAAGUGGCUUAGCCUAAUGUAUAACUAAAUAUACACAAAAAAUCGAUAAAGUUGGACCUUAGGUUUGCGAAAUACUCAAUCAAUCAGUAAAGAAAUUAUGGAUGUGCUUAAACGAAAAGAAAAAUUAAUUAACAAUUUCUAAUAUUUAUACAUAAUAUUUUGAGAUUAUUACUCAAAUAUAAAACUUGUCCAUUCUAAGCUUUAAGAUGUUCCAUUAUCCUCAUUAUACCUACUUGGCUGAAAUGAAUUCAAAAGGAUUUUUUGAUUCCUUAUUGAUGUUCUUUGAAUUUCCAACAUUUGAUUUUAAAAAUGACUUAUUGAAAGUAUUUAGGUGGUUAACUUCAGUUGAUGAAUAUGAGAAUCCUCAUAAAAUAUUAAAAAAGACUUUGUUAGUUAUGGAUAAAUGGGAAAACUCAAUAAACCAGACUACCCAUACUGUUAAUGUUUUGUAUUACAAUGCUCAAAAGUUAUUUUAAAGUUUUAGUUAGCAAUCAAUAUAGUAAAAUCUUUAAAUGGCAUCUUUCCAUUCUUAAAUAGAAUGCUUACUCGAAAUUUUAAAACUUUACUUAGUAAACUCUCCAUAAAUUAAUUGGGAAAAAACAGAUCUAGUUAAUUUACACCAUAAGUGCUGUGGUUUAUUCACAAUCAUAUUAGGUUCAGUCAUAUUUAAUAAUGAUGAUAAUCAAAAUGAUCAAACAUUAAAAAAAUCUGUGUUUUAUUCUUAUAUUUAAAGUUUAAAGCAUGUGAUUGUUAAUUCUUUUAAUUUAAUUAAUAGAAAGAAUAGUGAAUUAAACACAUUAAUAGCUUUGUUUAAUUAAAUGUGUUAAAAAUUACAAAAUGACAAUAUAUAGAUAGUGAUUCUGUAUAUAUCAUAAAUUGAUGAAUUAUUAAUCAACCUUUUUGAAAGUAAAAGAGUGCCUGAGAAUAAAUAUUUAAAUUUAGAUUUUAUAAAUUUGUUAUUAAAAUCACCAUUUACUAAAUGUUUUUAAUUGGCAAUACAUUAAUACACAAAUAUGACACUCUAAAAUCAAAAUGAUCAACUCAGUAUUUUGUCUAAACAUUUUUCCUCAAUCAUUAAGAUUUUGUAUAUAAAUAAAUUUGAAAAACAACAUUCAGAGUUUGGAUAUUCAUUAUUACCGCAACAAAUCUCAGAUAUAUAGAAUAUGCUUUAAAUAACCCAAUUUUCUAAUUCAGAUGAGAUUUCUAACAUAUAGUGGAUUCUAAUUGAAAAAGUAAUGAUGAUAUUAAGUCCUACUUUUUUGUAAGAUCUAAUCAUAAAAGAAAGAGAGAGGCUCAAUUUUUUUACAUUUUCCAGUUUUAGAGAGGAUUUUGGGAACUUCAAUAUAAUAUAAUAAAAUGAUUCAACCUAAGCAAGGGAUUAAUUAAUAGGCAUGGGAUUUUCAGAUGAUGCGAUUUCAUUGGCGUUUUAAAAUAUUAGAUUUCCUGAUGUAGGCAGGGCUGCUGCAUGGUUAGCUGAUAAUUAAGACAAGGUUGAACAAAAAAGAUAGCAGAUGAAAGAAAACCAAAGGAAUGUAUUUUCUGUUGGAUCCAUUUCUGAAAUCAUUCAACAUAAAUAAUAGGAACUCAAAAAUUAUAUCAAAACUAAUAUACUUUUCUUUAAUAAGUUUGAAGAAACCUUAUUUAAAGUAUUCGAUGGAUAAAUGAUGCCUUCUUUAUUGAUGUGUUUAAAAUAGGCAGUUUAAGAAUAAUUUAAAUUGUAGUUAAGAUUUAAAGAUUGCGAAUUAGAACUUAAAAAACCCUUAAAUAAUGAUAUAAAAUUGAUAAUCUCAGUUUUGCAUUUUAUAUAUAAAUAAUAAAAUUUAGUGCAAGAAUAUGAUUAUAUUGUGAUUGAGAUGAUGAAAUUAAUUUAGGAAUUAUUGAAAUAUGAGGAUGAAUAAAUAAUUAGAGCUGUUAAUCAUGUUUUAGCAAUCUUAACUCUCUUCAUAACAGACGAUUAGAAGUAGAAAAAAUAUAAUCAUGACAUUUUGAAUGAAAUAUUGGUAGGAGUUCUUAACAUUUUGAAAGGGAAAGUAUAAAAUCAUACAACAUCAAAAAUCUGCAUAGAAAUAUUGGUGAGAGCAUUCUAAGUCAAUAGAGAGAGUGUCCAUAAAUUCGUCUAUCAAAUGAAAGGAUUAGAGUAUCUCUUAAAAGUAAAAGGAGAUUCAAAGAAUCAACUUUAUAGCUUAACAAAACUUGUAUUAUCUAUUGUUCAUGAUUCCAGUAUUGUUAUAGCAUAGGUUGAGGCUAAGCUAAAAAAAAUAAUCUAUGAUUAAGAAUACAAUAAAGAAAUUGAAAAUUCAAAUAAAUAGGUUUAAUUGCAAUAGUCUUUGCAUACUCCAUAGCAUAAUACUUAUCCUUCAUGUUUUAAGCCUAUUCAUUAUAACAUACAAAUUCCUAAUGAAAUAAGAUUAGCUAAGGAUAAUUUGGCGUUGACUGCUAUAUAAAAUUAGUGUUUUUAUAGUGAAUAAAUCAAAUUCGUUAUAAAUUCACUAUUUGAAGAUUAGCCAAAUCACUAUGUUUUAAAAAAAGGUUUUCAUCUAUUCACUUUAGAUUGUCUUGAACCCGUGAGUUUCUAAAAAUAUAAGGAACCAGAGAGUGCAAAACGAAGCGUUAAGACUUCAACUAAGAAAAAGAAGAGUGAAGAUAAAAUGUAGUUACAAUCUAAUUUUUAACAUACUCAAGAAGCCUAAAUUUUAAUAAAACUAUUAAUUUAAUAGAUGAUUAUAUCUUAUUUUGAUAAAACAGAGCCAUAUCAAUUUUAAUGGAAUAUAAUUUGCUAAGUACUUUAGGUUUUAAUAAGAAGAUACCCAAUCCUAAUUCCGAAAUUGGUUCGAAUAAAUUGUAGCAAAUUUCUUAAACCUUAUCAUAAGUCAUUAGGGCCUGAUUAUAAUGAGACAGAUUUCCCUCGCAAAAUCUCUUUUAUUUCAUUAAUAACCAAGAUCAUGACUCCCAUAAAGAACUUGCUUUUUGAAUUAUGCUUAGAUAAUGUCAUUCUGAAUUAGAUGUCUAAUAAUUCUACUGCUCCAUUUUCAAUUGAAAUUAGAAGGAAAAUACUGAAUGAUAUCUAUGAAGGAAUAGAAAAGAGAAUCAAAUCUUUAGAUUCAAAUUUUUGUCAUUUAUCAGACACAUUAGUAUUCUUAAUAUAAAUAAAAUCUGUGGCUAAAAUUUGUUUUAAAAAUGUAAAUGAACCUUAAAAUUCAUUUAAUUUUGUCAAACUCUAUAUAGAAGGAAUGAAGAACUUUGAUUUGAAGUCAUAUUAUAAUUACGAGAAUGAAUUACAGUUCUUGAAUGAAACACUGGCAGUUUUAUUCAAUGUGGCUGCUUAUUUACUUCUUUUUAAGCCAUCUCUUAUUGUGAUACCAAAAUAAAUUUAAGAGCAAUAAGGCGAUCAUUUCCAACUGUAAGGAAUGGUUGGAUAACUACUACCAGAAGAUAUAAAUUGUCAACUUAUCCCAAACAAAGGUAUAAUCUAUCAGGACCCUAUUAAAUAUUUCAUAAAAUGGCCUCUGUUACCUAUUUCAUUUCAUGAAGGAUUGAAUUAAACCACAAGACAAGAUGAGUUAAAUUUAUAACAUAUAUGGUCACCAUUUCGUAGAAGAAAUAGAUUCCUUAAUAUGGAGAUUUUAGAGGAUAUUCAAGAUGAAAAUGAUGAGUUUCAAAUUGAACAUGAUGAUGAUGACGACAAUUAUAUUUAAAGUGUUGAGAGCAGAUAUGAUUCAAGUAUAAUUGAAGAAUCAGCUGAAGAAGAAUUUGAUCAAGAAGUAAAUAGUUGGGUUACAAGUUAAAGUGGAAAUAAUCAAAUUGAAGCUGAAGAUCCUUAAAAUGCUAAUUCAAGUUGGACUGAUGAAGAUGAUGAUUAAAUUGGAGAGGAUGGUCAAGAUGAUGAUGUUGAAGAUAGUGAUGAUUCGGAUGAUGAUAAUGCAUCAAAUAGUGAAUUAGGUGGAUUAAAUUAAGAGGAGAUUGAUCAAGAAAUUUUGGAACGCAAUGUUUAAGAUCUAAAUUAAAAUAUGAACCAACAGCAUAAUUUUGCCUAGAAUGAACAAUAUAAUUAAGGUUUAGAGUAAAAUAAGGGAACUGUUAAUCAUUAUCAUCAUCUUACCAACAAGGAAGAUUUGACUUUCAUGAAAAUGACUAAAUCUAUCAUCUAAUUGACAGGGAUUAAGUUUUCGAAAUAAUUUCUGAAAAUCUUGGAUAAAUUUAACUUUUUAUUACCUGAAAAGCUAUAAGUUGGUGACUUAUAACUUAUAAAUUGGUGGACUGAAUUAACUUCAAAACAGACAAUCCCUGAAGAAAGACUGCUUCUUUAAUAAGACGUUAGAAUUCAGCCACUUAAUAUUUUUAGGGAAAGAUUAGGAAUAGAUUUCCUAAGAAUUGAUUAAGAUGAUAGACUCCUAACUCGAGUAUAGCAACAACCACAUGCCAGAACAGCUCGUAAUAAUUUACCAUAAAUAAUAAGAGAAUUUCCAGAUAGGCAAUCACAAUUUGAUAUAUUAUUGGCAUAAUAAAGACAAUUUUAAGAAUAAUUUGGGUAAUAGCUAGCUAAUUUAUAACAAUAAAAUGUAUAGACAAUUCAGUCAUCAAAUGAAGAUUAAAUUAGGGAACACUAAUACUAACAACCAAAUCAAUAGAAUCAAUAAUAAUAAUUAAUAAAUUGUUAAAAUCAUCCAGAAGAUUAUGGCAUUCAACUUUCACAAUUCUAAGAACUUACAUGUGGAAGUUAAUCCAAUUAAAUAAAUGCAGAAAUUGAAAUCCAACAACAAUAAUUAAGAUUUGAAGAAAAUAAUCAAAAUGUCAUAACAGAUUAAUAGGAGAAGGUUGAAUAACAUUCAUCUUAAUAGUAAUAAUAAUAAUAAUAAUAAUAAUAAUAAUAAUAAUAAUAAUAAUAAUAAAACAAUUAAAAUUAUUCAUAAAUUUAUCCAAAAAGUUACAAUGUAUUGAAAAGGAUUGGCAAAACUUUUGAAGAUCUUAUAAAAAAUGAUAUUGAUCCUUCAGUAUUUGAAGAUCUCAAUGAAGAUAUGAUGAUGGAAAUUGCUUUAGCUCUCCCUUAUGAAAUUGAUGGAAUUGAUCCUUAGUUUUUGGCCUCUCUUCCUUCAGAAAUUAGAAAUGAAAUAAUUCAGUAAUAUUCUGCUCCUAGAAACUAGACACCACAAUAAUAAUUUACAGAAGUAGAUUUAUCAUAAGAUUUAUAAAUAAAUAACAAUUCUUAGAGGAUUCCAUCGCAACAACCUCGAAGUUAGUAAAUUAUUCCUCCAAUAAAUGUUCCUCAAUAGAAUCCAAAUAACUUAUAACAUAAAAUUAAUUCUCGAUUAUUUUAAACUUAAAGACAUAUCAUUUCAAAAUUAGGAACUGUAGAAGAUGAAUUUACAGAAUCAUUAUUGAGUUUACUUUACGUGGAAUCUCAUAGUUUCAUUAAUUUUCCUAUUAAUCUAUUUAUUUCGUUAUGCAAUAAUUAAAAUGUAGAGCAUAAAUUAAUUGAUACAUUGUUUUUAAUUUUAAAAACAAAAAAAUUGCAAGAUCAAGAAAGGUUGUUCCCACCAUGCUAUUUGGUAAAAAGAAAUGGACUUGUUAGAGAUUUCAGCAAAAUAUAGAGUGUUGUUUCAUUAAAAGUGUUGUAUAUGUUUUCAAAAUUAAAAGGAUUUUCAGUCAACUACUUUUUUGAAAACAAAAAAUAACAUAUAAGUUCAUCUGAAGAUGUCUUAAGCUUUCCCUUAUUAGAAUUGAUUUAACUUCUACCUGAAUUUUAAGGGAAUCAUUAGGAAAUGCUCAUUUAAGCAAUUACAAACAUAAGCACAAAACAAAAGGAUUUUAAAUAGGACAAAGUCAAAUUAGACUAAAAGUCUGUUGAUUGCAUCUGUAAAACGCUAUUAUCAAAUAUGGGUGGAAUUGUUAAGAAUUUUUCUAACAUCAUUAUAAGUCUAUGCAACAACCAAGAAAAUCAAUUGUUAAUAGUUUAAUAUAUAAAAGAGUAUAUAGAGAAAACUAUUAGAGAAAUAAAUGAGUAGUUUAAAAGACAAUAAUAAUAUGAUGAGAUAUUUAAUGGAGAUAAGGCUCUCAUAAAUGUAUUUUAGUUUGUUAAGGAAAUUAAUGCAAAAGGAAAUGAAGGUAAUAAUCAAUAGGAUGUAAGAUUAAAUUUUUAAGAAUUAUUGGAUAAUAAAGAACUGAUAGAAUUAUGGAAAAAUAUGAUAACAUUCUUAUAAUAAAUACCCUAAUAACAGAUAAUCAAAUUGACACCAAAAAUAUCUCCAUACUUGGAAUGCUUUUUUAUUAUUUAUCAAAUAGUGAACCCAAUAAAAAAAAUUAGAUUGAAUCAAAAAGAGUCUAAGAAAAUAGCUAUGAUGGAAGAAUAAUAUGAGGAGAUAAAAGAGCAGGAAAUACAUGAUGAAUUAUUUUAAAAAAUUUGUGAAAGUGGAAAAGCACUGUUAAAUAUUAUGCUAAAGGAAAGAUUUUAAGAAUAUAAAGAGAAGGGAAAAAUAACAAAUGAUAGUUUAGGAAUCAUCAUAUAAAAGAAUCCUAGAAUAGUUGAUUUUGAGAAUAAGCAAAAGUACUUUAAAAUAGAAUUAAAAUAAUUGAAAUUACAGAAUAAUAAGCAUCAUUAUGCAAAUAUUGCUGUAAGAUGCAGAAGAAAAGAUAUCUUUAUGGAUUCCUAUCAUCGUUUUAGUAAAUUAAAACCAGAGGAUUUAAAAGGAAAAUUAGUUAUAGAGUUUGAUGGAGAGGAAGGGGUAGAUUAAGGAGGAGUUACAAGAGAAUGGUUUUUGAUGCUGUCUAAAGAGAUAUUUAAUCCUAAUUAUGCUUUAUUUACUCCAUCUUUAAAUGGACAGAUGUUUUAACCUAGUAAUAAAUCUCAUGUUAAUCCUGAUCAUGUUAAGUACUUUAAAUUUAUUGGGAGAAUAGUUGGAAAAGCACUUUAUGAUGGAUAAUUAUUGGAUACCUAUUUUACUCGUUCAUUUUAUAAGCAUAUUCUAGGUUAGAAGUUAACUAUCCAUGAUAUGGAAGAUAUUGAUUUGAAUGAGUAUAAAUCUAUGAAGAAGAUUUUAGAGGAAAAUGUGAAUGAUUGGGGAAUCUAUUGGACAUAUUCAGUUGAUAAUUUUGGUAAAUGGGAAGAGAGAGAACUUGUUGAGGGUGGUAGAUAAAAAUAAGUGACUGAAGAUAAUAAAUUUGAGUAUGUCCAAACCUAUUGUUAUUAAAAAAUGGCAAAGGAGAUUAAAGACUAAAUAGAAGCAUUUUUGAAUGGUUUUCAUGAAUUGAUUCCUCAAAAUUUGAUUAGCAUAUUUGAAUGGAAAGAAAUGGAACUUAUGUUGUGUGGUUUACCUGAUAUUGAUCUUGAGGAUAUGAAAGAGAACGUAGAAUAUCAUGGAUAUGAUAGAGAAGAUAAAGUUAUAGAAUGGCUUUGGGAAUUGUUGGAGAGUUUUGAUGAGAGUAAGAGAGCAGCCUUCUUAUAAUUUAUAACAGGAACUUCCAAAGUACCUCUUGGAGGAUUUAAGGAUUUGAAAGGUAUAAAUGGUUUAUAGAAGAUAUAAAUUCAUAAAAAACAUUACAAAAAUUUUGAAUUGCCAACAUCACAUACAUGUUUUAAUUAAUUGGAUUUACCAUGUUAUCCAACCAGACAAAUUUUAAAGGAUAAAUUAGAACUAGCAAUCUUAGAAGGAAAAGAAGGUUUUGGCUUUGCUUGA